GUGCUUCUGCCGGCCUGGAGUCAUGGCAGGACCCUUUUGUGGCUGAUGGGCUGGAGGAGAAGCCAAGACCCAAACUCACUGCUCCGAAGAUCCCCGAAGGGGAGAAAGUAGACUUCGAUGACAUUCAGAAGAAGCGCCAGAACAAAGACCUCAUGGAGCUCCAGGCCCUCAUCGACAGCCACUUCGAGGCCCGGAAGAAGGAGGAGGAGGAGCUGAUUGCCCUCAAGGAGAGAAUCGAGAAGCGCCGAGCAGAGAGAGCUGAGCAGCAGAGGAUUCGUGCCGAGAAGGAGCGGGAGCGCCAGAACAGACUGGCAGAGGAAAAGGCCAGGAGGGAGGAGGAAGAUGCCAAGAGAAGAGCUGAGGACGACCUGAAGAAGAAGAAGGCUCUGUCCUCCAUGGGCGCCAACUACAGCAGCUACCUGGCCAAGGCUGACCAGAAGAGAGGCAAGAAGCAAACGGCCCGAGAGAUGAAGAAGAAGAUCCUGGCCGAGAGACGCAAGCCCCUCAGUAUUGACCAUCUCAGCGACGACAAGCUGAGGGACAAGGCCAAGGAGCUCUGGGACACCCUGUACCAGCUCGAGACCGACAAGUUCGAGUUUGGGGAGAAACUGAAGCGUCAGAAAUACGACAUCACCACUCUCAGAAGCCGCAUCGACCAGGCCCAGAAGCACAGCAAGAAGGCUGGGACUCCGGCCAAGGGCAAGGUCGGCGGGCGCUGGAAGUAGCCGGGCCAGGGAGGACGCCCCGGGCGGAGACCCUCAGCCC